AUGGUAGAGGUGGAGCUGCCAGAGGAGGUGGAACUGCGCAUCUUGGCUCUGGACAGAAGCCUCUGGGAGAGCAUCUUCGAGUCGGAGUUUGGAUGCGCGGCCGCUGCCGUCGUGAUGGAGAACCUGUGGUGCCCCAGCCCCGACCACGCGCCCAUCGACGAGUGGUUCUGGUGGUGCACCCGCCUGCAGUGCCCCCACCCUCACGAAGACCACAGCGACUAUGACGAGGCCAGUGCAGAGAAUCUGCCGGAUGAGAACGAUGAGGACCCAGGGUGGUUGCACGACUACGUGCUCAGCCUCACCGCCUCGCCGCCAUCAUCAUCAUCAUCGUCACCGCGCCACGAAGAGGGCGGCGUGAAUGGCAGCAGGGCGUCCAAGCGGCCACGACUAACUUCUUCUUCUUCUUCUGGUGUCGUGGAUGAGGUGCCAUGGGCCAAGGUGUUCAAGGACCACUACAUCCUUCGCCAUCGAUGGCUGCACGGAUGCGAUCCGCGGCCGCGACGAGAUGCGCCGGAGAAUGGAGAGGCGGUGGAAGGGGAAGGGAAAGGCGAUGCCGAACAGUGGCCAGACCCGAGCAGGAUCGUGCGUGUGGUGGUGACGGGCACGAGGUCGAGCGGCAAGUCCUCCAUCCUUCGCGCCCUUCUUGCCCACGACCAGCAGGAUCAGGUGAACGAAGCGCGCCCGGUCAACGUGAUCGUGGUCGAGGUCUGGGGCGUGCGGGUCGUCCUCCUCGAGGUCAAGCGUGCCCACGGAUGGCAGGGCAAGCUGUUCAAUGGCGCCUCGGUCGACGGCGUGAUGUUCGUGGUCGACGCGGAGGACUUCGCGCCCUUUGUGGGCCGGGCCAUGUUGGAAGUGACAGAUGAGGCGUUUGGCAGACUCGAGGCCAUCUACAAGCUGUUCCACGGCGUCGCCGGCGAAGCCCAUGCGGCCGCUCUCGCGGCCGUGGUGUGCGUGAACCGGAUCGACCGCGCCCUCGCCACUGUCGGCGCUCGGGGCGAGCGUGGCGUGCAACCACCAGACCUGAUCGAAGUCGUUGAGCGCAAGCUUCGCCUGGGGAUGCUACAGCACUGCUCGUGGUACUCCGGGGCGAGGGUCUCGGCGAUGGCCACAUCGGUAGGGGCUGUCUCGGACGGUGGCCUUUGCCGCGCCGCUGUCGAGGCGUUUGUGCGGAACUGGACGAGCGUCCUCCACCGGGAGCUAUGCGGGUGGACGAACGACGAGUGGGACACGUCGUGGAUUGAGCGUACCUUCGAGCUUCAGGCCCUGGCCGAGGCGGAGGCGGAGGCCGAGCGGGCAGGUGCAAUGGCGGAAACGCUGUUAUUGGAAUAA